UCAGUGCAGUGGUGACGGUGAAGCGUGGCGGAGGUGGUGCAGCUGGACCCAAGGCUCACACACACAUACACACACGCGCGUGCGGUCAUCCAUCACUCACACCCCGCCAGUCCAUCACUAGUUUGGCGGCGUGAACCAGGCAGUCGCGUGUUGUUUGUGAGGUGGGCUCCAUCCCAAGGUGGGCUGCAUCCCAAGGUAGGCUCCAUCCCAAGUUGGGGUGGCAGAUCUCGCGCCAGUGUGGGAAGGCUGGGCCCAGCUGACCGCAGGACCGACGCUGGUGAAGGCGCCCAACACAACAUUGGUCCACACAGGCGACACACACUCCGUACAGUGGCACCAAGACUCUUGUAAUUUUGGUACUUGAACAUUGGUACCAGUAUUUGUGUGAACAAACUGGUACUAGAGCGUUAAUACCAGGAUUCACAGAACUUUGGUACUAGGACGAUAAUUCCAAUACCUGCGGACCUUUAAGCUGGAACUGGUACGAGGAUUUGUGGAACUUUUGUACCUGGACACAACAACAACAGAAGAGGAACUUACCGGCAGUCAACCGGAACGCAACCUGUCUCCAACCGCACUGGACCAAGUGUCAACCAGCUGAGUACAGUACUCGCCUUCCUCAACCACCUCUACCUGCUGCUCUUAGAGAGGUACGAGGGACCAACCAUGAGGUUGUGGUUGGUGGUUGUGGUUGUGGUGGUUGUGGUGGUGGUGGUCGGGGACCCAGCGGACGGCGCCAAGGGCCCUCACAAGCGACGACACACCAAGAAGAAAACGUUGCAGGGGAUGAAGACGGAGCGAGUCGGCGGGAAGGGAGGUGCUGGGAGCGGCUCCGAGGUGCGGCCCUGGAAGAGCUGGCGACGCUGGUGGGAACACCAGGCCGGGGACGCCAGUGGAGGGCAGCGACCACGCCCACACGGACCUCACAGACGCCCCGCCCACACCCCCGCCCACGCCAACACCCACGCCCACGCCAACACCCACGCCCACGCCCCGGGAAGAGGUGGUGGCGCCAAGCUGGUCGGGUUGGGGUCGUCGAGCAACAGCAUCCACCAGCACCUGGCGGAGCUGGGCGGCGGCCUCUACACCGACUGGACCAGCUGGUCGCGCUGCUCCAGGCGGUGUAAACAACGUCGACGGAGGUCUUGUCGCGUCCCUGCGGUCUGUGGCACCGCCGUCCUCAAGGAGGAGCGGAGCUGCACAGGCGGCCGGUGCUCAGGUCGGAGACCAUUCCACAUCAUCCGGCCGGAGGAGUUCUCGCGUCAGCCUCCCAGGAACGACAUGCGCGUCCUCCUCAACUUCAACUCCAUGUUUUACACUCGGUGGUCGCGCUGGUCGUCCUGCAGCAGGUCGUGCCUCACCCGCAGAUACAGGUCGUGCAAGUACCCGCUGUUCUGUGGAGGCAGCGUGGUGCACGAGGAGGCCUACUGCUACAUCCAGGGCUCCCUCUGUGAGAAGUGGUACCGCACCAACAGACACAACUCCCGCAGACGGAAACCUUCCGACGGUGUUGGCGAGGACGACAACGAGACUACAUCUUCUGGUUCAGCGUAUUCUUCCACGAUAUCCGUGUCGUCGUCGCCGUCGUCGUCAUCGUCGUCGUCGUUGUCGUCGUCGGAGCGGACGCUGCCCCGGGAAUGUGGCGUGAGCAACGUCACCACGCCAGGCUGGAGUCUGCGCAUCAUCGGCGGCCGGACUGCGCAGCCUGGAGAGUGGCCCUGGCAGGCUGUCAUUCUCAACCGUUACCACGAGGCGUUCUGUGGGGGGACGCUGGUGGCCUCUCGCUGGGUGCUGACGGCGGCCCACUGCGUCAGGAGGAAGCUGUACGUGCGUCUCGGAGAGCACGACCUGGCCGUCAGGGAGGGACCCGAGCGGGAGUACAAGGUGGCGCGGACGGUCGUACACCCGCAGUACGACCCGACGACCGUGGACAACGACGUGGCGCUGCUGCAGCUGCCCGAGGCGGUGGAGUCUGGCGCCCGCAUCGCCCCCGUCUGCCUGCCGGAGCAGGGCGCCACGCUGCCGGUCGGCGACACCUGCACCAUCAUCGGCUGGGGCAAGGAGCGCAACACACACAUAUUCGGCACCGAUGUUCUCCACGAAGCUGAG